AUGCAAUGCUUUGCGAAGGCCGCCGGCGCCCACGAGAGCACGACCCGCGUACGGGUCGUCAUCCUCGCCGGCGCUGAUGCUGCACAAAACAUAAGCCAAGCGGCACAAAAUGUCGGUCUGGAAGCAGUCUGGGCAACGACGGCGGCGCAGGCGCUGAAGCAUCUGCAAUCGCGAGGUGGCGAGCCGUCGCUCGCGGCGGUCGUGUGCGCUCUCGGCACUGACGACGCCACGAGCGCGUGGCCCGUGCUCCGUUUCUGCAAGAAGGCCCUACCGCGUACGUUUGCAAUCGUCCGCAGCCACACAGCGGCAGCUGACCCGCAGCUCCGACUGCAGUGCUUCGACGGCGGCGCCAUGAUGGUAACAGCAGGCGACGCCGCGGUCGAGACGGCGCUCCGCACGGUGGCGCGAACCGUCCUGAGCGGCGGCGAACACCACUGCCCGGAGUGCGGCCUGUCUGAUCUCACUGGUGACGUGCUGCGUGAGCAUCUGACCUUCCACCACGCGACGCAUCCCAACGGCGCCUCGCCGACGAGCUGUCCGCUGUGCGCCACGCGGCUGCAACGCUGCCCGCUCGCGGUCCACCUGAUGCGCGAGUGCCCGGGAUGCUCGCCUGCCGGACGCGAGCCGCCGCCGGCGCCGUACGCCGCCUUCGCAUGGGUGGUGGCGCGACGGCGCUCCGACGGCGCUUUCCUUCUUGUCAACGAGCCCGCGGCCAUUGCGGGCGGACGGCCCAACUAUUGGCUGCCCGCCGGUCGCGUCGACGCUGGCGAGUCGCUCGAGGACGCGGCAAGGCGCGAGAGCGAGGAGGAGGCGGGCGUGAAUGUGCGUCCGACGGGCGUGGUGCGCUUCAUGGUCGAUGACGACGUGGCGCCGAGCGUGAUGCGAGUCGUGCUCACCGCCGAGGCCGACGAGGACGAUCCGCUCCCAAAGUCGGUGCCGGACUGGGAGUCGGCGGGGGCGCUCUGGUGCGACCUACCGGGCCUCGCCGCUCUGCGCACGUCCGACUUCCGCAGCCCCGACCCGCUCGAGCUCUUCCCGCGCGUGGCGAGCCGUGCGCUCCCGCCGGCGUCGCUCGACACGCCCGCGUGGCGCGCGCUCGAAGCGCUGCUGCGCCGCCUGACGCGCGGCGACGCUGCCGCUCAGGAGGAGCUUCCGACGGUGUGGGCGGCGAUCAAAGCGACCUAUCCAGGGUCACGAGACCGCGGCGACGACCUGCGGCUGCGCAAACUGCUGGCGCCGAUGCGGAGUUCCCCUCCCCUCGAGCGCAUCGUCGCCGUCUCGGACGUCCACACCGACCAUGCAUCCAACUUUGCGUGGUGCGAGGCCCUCGCCGCGAGCCCGUCCUGUUCCAGCUCCGUGCUCCUCCUCGCUGGCGACGUGUCCGAGAAGCUCGCCCGCUUUGAGGAGACGCUAGCGCUGCUGAGCAGCGCGUUCGGCGCCGUCUUCUUCGUGCCGGGCAACCACGACCUGUGGUGCCGCAAGGACGGCUCCGAGGGCGCGGACUCCGUCGCCAAGCUCGAGCGGCUCGAGCGCGUGUGCGAGUCGCUCGGCGUGCUGACGACGCCGCAGCGAGUCUCGGUGGGCGGCUCGCAGGUCGCCGUCGUGCCGCUCCUCUCCUUUUACCACGCCAGCUUUGACACGGAGCCCGACGUGACGCGACUGCGGCUGCCGUCCGCCCGCGCUAGCGUCAGCGACUACAAGGCCACGCGCUGGCCGGAGCCGCUGGAGUGCGGCGGCGAGCCGCUCGCGGAGUGGUUCGACGCGCUCAACGACGGCCGCGCCGGUCGCGCCGCCGCGCAGGCGGCGGGCCGCGCCGGCCUCACGCCGCUCGGCGAGGACUUUGCCGCCGAGGAGGCCGCCGCCGUCGUCUCCUUUUCCCACUUUGUGCCGCGGAUCGAGCUCGUGCCGGAGAAGCGGUACCUCGUCUACCCGCCACUGAUGCAGGCGGUGGGCUCGCGCCCGCUCGGCCGCCGCGUCGCCGCCCUCAGGCCGGACCUGCACGUGUUCGGGCACACGCACUUCGGGUGGGACGGCCGCGUCGACGGCGUGCGGUACGUGCAGGCGGCGCUGGCGACGCCGCGAGAGCGGGAGCGGCGCCCUCGCUCGCUGGCGGUGGGCGACGACUUUCGGCCAGACGGCCGCCUCGCGCCGCUCUGCGUCUUUGAUGCGGCGGUGGGCGGCUUGCCGGCGCCGCGUCGCGCGGCUUGGUCCGAGCACUAUUCGCGGGCGCCGCGGGCGCCGUCGGACACGCGCCCCGCGCCUUGGGUUGUCGACCACUGGCUGCGCCGGGCGCCGGCACGCGUGAGCAGCGCGGAGGGAGAGGAGGCCGCCGACGGCGUGGGCGACCGCGGGCCUUGGGGCGGAUUGGUGGGGGCCAAGGGGCCGUCGCCGGCAGGGAACGGUACACAACUCGGCGCGAUGGGCAGGAAGUCGGGCAUGACGGGGGAUGCGGAGAGGCGCAAGCGGCGCAAGGCCGCCGAGGCGGCCGCUGUCUCCGUCGAGCCCACGGGCGCCACCGAGGCGCCGGAGCCGCCCGCCGCGCCCGACAACUCGCCGGAAAGGGAGGUCGAGCCGGCAGUCGAGCCGGCAGCGCCCGAUCAUCCCUGCCUCCGGCACCCAGACCCCGAGGUGAGGGCCCUCGCGGCGCUGCAGCUGAAGAUUGAGGCGGAGCAGUCGGGCACGGAGUCAAAGGAGGAGAUCGAGCUCAAGGUGAAGAUGGCGUGGCUGGCCCGGCUCGCCGACGACUACUGCGUGCGCGUGGGCGACACUGAGCGGACCAAGGGGCUCUUCGGCGGGAGGCGGCCUUGGUGGCGAGAGGAGGGGUGGCACGAGUGGUACCCCGGCCGCUGGGCGGAAAACCGCCUUCUUUGGGGCGAGUACAACGAAGAGCGAGAUGGUGAGACCGAGAUGGAGCUCCUCCGGCACCGGCUGGCCCGCUGCCGGAAAAAAUCCGGGGUUUAG